AUGGAUUUGGACUUAAUUUUGACACCAAAUCAUCGCCAAUAUUAUUGGCCUCAACGUGGAUGUGGUCUAACAAGUGAUGACCUCUUCUAUAGUCUUGCGGUUCCAUUGGUUUCAUCGCUUUCGCGGAAUAUUCCUCGAGAUGUGAGUCGAAGAGUGGUCUCAAAUGCGGAGAACAACGACAAGACAUUUGAAGUGAGCGUCGAUUGCAGUCAUUUCACUCCCGAAGAGAUUGAGGUGAAGACAGUGGACAGGGAUGUGAUAAUUCACGGCAAACACGAGGAGAAAAUGGAUACUCACGGAUGGGUUAGCCGUGAGUUCACCCGAAAGUAUACACUUCCGGAGGAAUGCGAAUCGGAAGGAGUCAAGUGUGGCCUCACCUCCAAAGGUGUGCUCACUAUCUCUGUACCCAAACGACCCGUUCAGCCAUUGGGUGACAACGAGAGAGUGGUUCCCAUUCAAGUCAUACACCAGACAUCGGACUCUACCGACAAACGCAUCCAAAACUAA